AUGGCAAAAUUGGUGAGCAACAAGCAGGUGAUUUUGAGAGACUACGUAUCUGGCAGGUAUCCGACCGAGUCGGACAUGUAUGUGAAGACAAGUAACAUAAGCUUGAAGGUUCCACAUGUACAAGGACAAGGAGAAGGGCCUUGUAAUAAUAUUGUGUUGGUCAAGAACCUCUACUUGUCCUGCGAUCCAAUGAUGCGAUUUCUCAUCAUGGAUACUUCUCAUUACAAAAUGACCAAAUACGAUUAUUGUACCCCUGGCUCUCCAAUUUGUGGGUAUGGUGUGGCCAAAGUUUUGGACUCCAGUAAUCCAGAAUUUAAAGAAGGUGACUUAGUAUGGGGGCUAACCAGAUGGGAAGAGUAUAGCUUCAUCACAAACACUGAAAGCCUCAUCAAAAUCCAGCACACUGAUGUACCUCUUUCCUACUAUACUGGAAUUCUGGGUAUGCCCGGUAAGAGUGCUUAUGCUGGUUUCUUUGAAGUAUGCACUCCGAAGAAAGGGGAAUGCGUGUUCGUGUCUGCAGCAUCCGGAGCAGUUGGGCAGCUUGUGGGGCAAUUUGCAAAAUUGGCUGGUUGUUAUGUUGUUGGAAGCGCUGGAAGUAAAGAAAAGGUUGACCUGCUGAAGAAUAAGUUGGGGUUCGAUGAGGCCUUCAACUACAAGGAGGAGCAUGAUUUAAACGCAGCUCUGAAAAGGUAUUUUCCUCAAGGCAUUGAUGUCUACUUUGAGAAUGUUGGUGGGGAUAUGCUGGAGGCUGUGCUGCUCAACAUGAGAGAACACGGUCGCAUCGCUGUUUGCGGAAUGAUUUCACAAUACAAUCUUCCCGAGCCUCAAGGAAUUAAAAACUUGAUGCAAAUUGCAUUUAAGAGACUGCAUAUACACGGAUUUACACAUCGCGAUUACGAUCACAUCGUGCCCAAAUACUUAGACUUUGUGCUGCCUUACAUCCGCCAAGGCAAAUUAGUGUAUGUGGAAGACAUAGUUGAAGGCCUUGAGAAUGGUCCAGCAGCCCUGGUUGGGCUCUUCAAUGGCCGCAAUUUUGGCAAACAAGUCAUUGCACUUGCUCACCAAUGA